AUGUUCUGUCUAACUGAACAUCAUUUGAGUGAUAAUUGGUUUACUCAUGUUUCUUAUCCUCUUGAAUUACCUAUUCCAAGUAUUCCAGAAAAUUCUGUAUUGGUGGGUUUUGCGCAGGCUGUUUAUGGCAUGAGCAAUGAUUUGAAUAUAAAAGGCCCUAUUGAAAAAUCAAGAGAUAUAGUCAUGUACCAUUUACCUGUUGUGCUUCAAAUCCUUAUAAAUAUAUGGAAAGCUUUUCGAAAGCCUCAAUGGGAUCAUCAAGUAAUGCAUUCCAUAGGCGAUGUCAAAGUGGACGCUAUUUUGCAUAGUUUUUCAUAUGCUGCAGAUCAAGCAAAGCAAAGACUUCAAUCUAUUUUUGAAAAGCUUUUUAAAUAUUCGACGGCAGACUUUGUUGAAGGAUUAACAGAGAUUUUUUAUAUUGAAAAUCCUGUUGCUCUUGAAUUUGAUGAAACAGUAUUAGAAGAAGCUCAACUGAAUGAAGUUGCCUUGGAAAUUCUCGAUUCUACACCUAAUAAUACACCUCAGCAUGUUAUUUCCACACUUUUAGACAGUAUUCGUCAAAGAACGCCUAAUAUUAGUAGAACCAGACGUCGAAGAAUAUUAAGACAAGGAAAAUUGACAGACACUUCUAUUUUAAGAUUUGCUGAAAUUUAUUGUAGCCACAUUAAGGAUCCAGAAUCAAUUGUAUUAUUAUGGCCAAUGAUUCACUCUUUUUCAAAAGAUUAUUUAUCACAAGCUAAUACAUACAAAGCAUUAUUACCGAGCCUAAUGCGAUUCUUGACUGUGUCCCUGGAAGAAAUUUCCAAGUCCACUAACUAUGAACAAGAUAAACGAAUUCGAAAAGAUGCCCAAGACUUGUAUCAAAGAUGCAUUGAUUAUUGUAUUUUGAUUUCUGGAAAAUCAAUUGAUCAAAGCCUUUGGGUACGUGGAAGAUCAGCUAUUUAUGAUGAGCCUGUCGAUGACAAUGCAUCUGUUCAUACAGUAGAUUCUAUAGAUACUUACAAGGGACAUACCAUGUUGACAAAUAAUAGCAAUCUGGGUGGUGCUUUAAUACCAACUAUUCAACAAUCGACGGACACAAAGACGACUGGUAACGUAUCUAUCAAUAGUGUAUCUGAAAUGGAGAAAAAGACAAUCUGGAAGCUAAAAGAAGAUUCUAUGAUUAACCAUGUAAAUCAGUAUCUUGCUAAUCAAGUUAUACCUCGACUACGUCUACUUAUUGGUGAUAAUGACAAGAUUAAUUCUUUGCUCAACAAUUUAGUGUAUUAUGUCAUUGGUCCUUCAUUAAAGUCAAAAGUGUAA